AAAAGAAAAAAACUAGCGUAGGCUACAUAAAGCAGGGAAAACUCAAGAAAUACUAAAGUCGAUUGUGGAUGACUUGUAGCUAUAAGGCAGCCAUGGAUCCGGUUAUCGAAGUCGUUGCUUUAAUUCUCGGUUUUGUGAGUUGGAUAAUGGUUGGCGUCACAAUCCCGAACCGUUACUGGAAAGUAUCCACACUGGACGGGACAGUGAUCACCACCUCGACCCUCUACGAGAAUCUGUGGAUGUCCUGCGCCACGGACUCGACGGGGGUGCACAACUGUCGCGAGUUCCCCUCUCUGCUGGCCCUGUCUGGUUAUAUCCAGGCGUCGCGCGCGCUUAUGAUCGCGGCAGUGAUGGCGGGCACCAUCGGCGUGGUGGCCACCCUCAUCGGCAUGCAGUGCUCGAAGGCCGCCGGGGACAACUACACACUGAAAGGCAGAAUCGCAGGAACCGGAGGCGCAUUUUUCGUGCUGCAGGGUUUGUGCACGAUGAUAUCAGUGUCCUGGUACGCGGCCAACAUCACUCAAGAGUUCUUCAACCCGCUUUACCCAGGCCAAAAGUAUGAGAUUGGAGAGGCUUUAUACAUCGGCUGGGCCUCUGGUGUUCUUGCCAUCUGUGGUGGAGCUUGUCUCAUGUUCUCCUGCAAACUGGGCAGAGAGGAGAAGGCUUACUACCAGCCCACACGUGAAACGGUUUACUCAGCAUCCGCAUCCAGGAGAGAGACGCAGAGCACUUAUGGAAGAAAUGCCUAUGUCUGAAUGAAGCAAUUCUGGUCAAUUUCAAGUCCAAACAACAUAUUACAUUACAUUAUUAGUUGACUGUUAAUAUUCUGUCCGGUUAUGUUUUAUCAGUGCAAUUAUGUAAAUAUGUAUAAAGUACAUAA